AUGUCCACACACAACGGCCAGGACGGCAGCACGAUAGUCGUAGGCUACUAUGAUCCGUUUGGAGUAUUUCCAGUCAUACAGAAGGAGCUUCUACCGCGAUUUCCGAUUCUGAAACUCAAUUGGAAGUAUAGUUCUGAGAAACCGAUUAAAACCAUACACGAUCUCCCCGUGGAAUUUCGGGAGGAGUAUCCCAAACGACAUAGCAUUGAAAAUGAGCCUUCCAGGCCGUCAUCAGAUCGCGUUUAUUUAAGGCUUAUGUUUGUCAAAGCAGAUAACGUUGACGUUUAUAGAGGGCAGGCUCGACCCUUGAUCAAGGAAUGGCUCAAGGCAUUUGUGGUGGGACAAAAUGCGGUAUGGGGUAUAAUAUACGUAGCAGCAAAAAACAGUUCUGAGAAGAAGGGCAAUAUUGUCCGGAGCUCGGUGUUCGAUAAGCUUCUUUUGGACUUUGAGAAGGGCAAACAAUUGAAGGAUCCGGAACUCGAUACCGUGCACCCUGUUUCUGAGAACAUACUUCGAAUUAAAGAGCAGUAUGAUGAGGAUGACAAAAGAAGAGAGGCUUACUUAGAGUUGUUUGAGCUGAUAAAACAGCUCAUACUUGUCUCCUUCUCUCACAAGUUGACCAGCAACAUCAGAUUGGCUUCCCUGCGACAGGGCUCCAGCCAUGGUCUAAAUAUUUUUGCAACUCUUGAAUUAGCCAACUCCUUUGCGGAUAUGCGUUUCUUUGAUGAGGCUAGGAGGUAUUACAAACAACUCUCGGACCAUGUCUCUGCCUUACUGUCCAAAAAGGCUCUUCGACUUGAUGAUCUUGAUAAUUUCACAUUCACUUUUGAUUUUUCUCAAAAGUCGCCAGAAGAAAUCUACGACUCCGAUACGCUCUUAAUGGAUCUAUUUUCUGAGACAGCGGAAACACAAUCUCUUACUGCACGUUUUGCAGUAUUCUUAAAAAACAUAUCCCUUCUAAAUAGCUUGUCUCACCAGGGAAAAUCCGAGAAAGAUCAUUUAUUUUGCCAAAUUGAACUUCUCCGCAAUCUUUCCAAAUUUGUUAACGCAAUUGACAGAGAAUACUCUGGCGAGUCGUUAGUGAAGGAAUGGUUAUAUACUUUGAUUGACCAUUACUUGCAUGCAAAAAUCAUUUCCAAGUACCAAAGCACAAGAUCUACGAAUGAGGCUAGCAAUCAGUUGAAGUUUAUCGGGGAACAAUUGUCCACAGAAAUUGCAGAUUUGAUUCUUGUUCAACGCCGCAUUCUCAAUACCCUAGCCAUAAAUAUAGGCUAUAAGCUGCUUGAUUUAGGUGAGUUAUUGGUGAACAUAUCGCUAGAGGAUAGAAACUCUGAUAAGUAUACGCCCUCAUCCUCUAAGCUCAGGGAAUCGCUUCAGAACGAAAUAACUUUCAUGAAAUCUUUCGAUGACCUUACAUCCCUUGCCAUUCGAGAGUAUGUUGCGGCAGCGCGCAUGGAUACAGCUGAUCUUCUCAGCAUCGACUCUGCGCUUCAUCAAUACGAAUUGAAAAACUAUGAAGGAGCCUACACCAUCCUUGUUUCAGCAUAUGAACGAUUCUUGAUAGAAGGUUGGUCAAUGAUGGGGGGUGUUAUAUUGGAAACAUACCUCAAGUGCGCGAUAAAGCUCGAUUUGUGCAAUCCAACCCAAUUGCUCGAGCAUUAUUUCGAUCUUUUCUCUCUAUUGAAGAAAAGUAUAGCUACAGAUGCACAGUCCGAGGUCGUUCACAAUUAUCAAUCCAUAAAGACCCCCCAAGAAUGUCAACAGUUAUUUAAGGAAAUGAUUUCACUCUCCGAAUCUCUAGAAAAUACCUAUGAGUACCCACUAGUUGACUUUUUCUCAAUUGAAGUUAUGGCAGGGGUCUCUUACAAUGAGAGCGAAGACUACUUCAUUACUAUGAAUAUUUCAAACGAAUACCCUGUUGCUAUAGCUGUGGAAAAGAUACAAAUAGUGUUGGCUAAUACAGCCAAUGAAGGGAACACCAUCGUCUUUGACACUGAGAAGCUUACUCUUAAAGCAAACGCAAUCUCCUGCGUUCAUCUUCUGUCAACAAUUUUGCGUAGUGGAGAAUAUUGCAUCCAAAGAAUUAUCUUAGAUCUAGCUCCAAGCAUUCGCUUGUCUUUCCAAGAAGAGCUACGCACUGUCACUUUUAUGAAUGACACCGUUUUGGCAGCAAGGCCGAUACUUAAUCGUAUGAUUAACAAAUCUAGUCCUUCGUUCGCUGAGAUGACAUUCCUUUUAUACCCCAAUCCAAAUGCAUUCCACAUCGACUUGAUUAAUCCUGCCGAUGUUGAGAUAAAUGUGCCAUCGCUUGACUGUGUUGUUUACAGUGGCACACAAUCAAUCAAGAAUUUGCAAAUUACUCUAUACCGAUCGUCCGCCUCUUUGAAGCUAGUCGAAAGCUCCGAACCUCAAAUGAUCAGUUCCAUGGAUCCUGAUUCAAAGAAGUCACUCCUGUUUCAAUUCCCGGGCGAUCGAAGCAUCGCAGAAAUACAGGCAAAAUGUACAUUCGAGGCGAACAACAAGGCACAUGAAUUGACUAUAAGUGAUACCUUUGAUUUGAAUCUAAACAUUUCUAUUGUUGUCAAUGACUACUUCCGUCUGAACUGCAUUUACUCCAAGUUUCAAGUGAGUGCGAUUGAAAGCGACCUACCACUCGAAGUGAUAGACUGCAAGUUUACAUGUCCUUCCAACAGUUACAAUGUUAAAAGUCUGUUUAGUGUUUUCGAAAACGAUAAUUCGUUGAUCGUGUCCGGUGAUCAACCCGCUAGCAUGUUUUACGAGAUAUCUCGGAAGGAUGACAUAUGUAAUGACGCAUUUGAGCCUGAGAAUUCAUUUGAUUUCAAAUUAUCGUAUAAAUGUUUGAGAACAGAAUGCGAAAGAAAAGUGCUCAAGGGACUACAAGCUGAGCUUAAAGCUUCGGGAGUUUUGAAACACUACUAUUUGAUUGCCCCAGCAGUAUCUAGUCUUCAGUUUUGUUGGCAGACCUACUUUCUGACUCGAGAAAUUCUUUCGAGGAAUUCCGUUGAAAUCACAAGCCUUUUGAACAGCCGCAUCAGUAAAUAUAUUUCGACAUCUGACUUUGCGAAGUUGAAAGAUAUUCUACAAACUGUCUUAGAUUCAAAUUUGAGAGAUGUUGAGGUAGAUCUGAGAGUUCAGCAGCUUUACAUUCCUGUUGAGGCGCCCUUUGUUGACAUGUAUCAUGAAUUUCGAUUCGAUUACGAACGUAAAGUUCCAUUUAUUGUUGGUCAACCGAUCACCUCAAAAUUGAUUAUCAAGUCAUCUAACAAAUGGGCAAAGUUGAGUCCAGCUGAAAUUUUGGCAGCAAGCUCCCCCAGCAAGCAACCAAAAGCCAGAUUAUUUCAAGUUCAGAUUCAGGAAGAUGAAAAUUGGCUCAUAUCCGGGAGACAGAGUACCCAAUUUUCUGUUGCCGAUUCCAAUGCUCUUACACAGAUGGAGAUUGCUCUCAUACCAAUAAACUCUGGUGAAGUUGUUUUACCAAGAGUAGUGAUAGAAAGUGUCGACGAUCAGUCACUUGUUAUGAGUACUGUUUUUGAGAACUCUCUUGAAUCUCUAUUUGUUGUCCCGGAACUUGAAUCACUCACAUUUUCGUUUUAA